GUAUUAUAUAUCUCUCUCUCUCUUGCUCUGUGGGUAGCGUGUAGCUGUAGAAACUAACAAAAUCCUAGUUCUUCAACUGUUUGGACGCAAAGAAUAUGAAUGAAAGAAAGAACAGAACAGAAGCAGAGCAUUAUGUUGUGCCUCGGAAAAGAGCGACACUCAGCUCCAAACCCACCUCUCUAUAAUUCCGUGUUUGGGUUUUCAAUCCCGAGACCCCAAAAGUAGCAAAAAAGAAAAUAGAAAGGAAAAAAUGUUUUGCUUUAUUUUUAAAAAACAGAGGGGGAAAUGAAAAAGAAAAAAGAAAAAGAAUAGGGUUUGUUUGUUAUGUACUUGGAUGAGUUUGAGUGUCUAUGGGGUUAUGGGUUGGGUAUGAACAGUUGAAAGUAUGAGUUCCAUAAAGAGCCAAACCAAACCCUUUCCCUUUCAUCUUUUACCAAACAGAUCGCUUCGUAAAGUAGCUAUAGCUAUAUGCACUCAAUGGCCUCUUCUUCUUCUUCUCCUCACAAAUCCCUCCAAGAUUACAAACUUAAAGCAGAAGAAGAUGAAGGAGGAGACUGGCUUGAGCUAGGGUUAGGGUUUGGAAAAGGUUGCAGGAAAGCGGAAGAGAAUAGAUCAAACGACCCAGUUUCAGUUAAUCCUCUUCCAUCCGCAUCUUCUUCUUCUUCACCCUUGCAAACCAGCAGCCAGCAGAUAGGGUUAGGGUUAGGGUUAGGUUUAAGGUUUGAUAAUGAUGAUGGUAUCAGGCAUGUGGGUGUACUGCCGCCGUCCACUUGUAAUUAUCACAACCUGUUGUGGCCAGAUCAUUAUCAUCAUUACGAUGAUCAUCAUCAUAAUGGCAUGCCUUCAUCAUGGCCAUGGCACAUUGAUUCAGGAGGUGCCUUUCUUGGUCUUCAUGACUGGCAAAUGCCGGUUCCCGAUGAUACUCAUCAUGAUUACUUCUCCACAAGAAGACCCCAGUCGUCUGGUUUGUGGUUUACCCUCCGCUCCUUAACCAACCGGGAAGGGGAAGGGGUGCAUCAAAUACCGAAGGCGUACAUUAGAGUGAAGGACGAGAACGUGACGGUUUUCAUGGUUAAAAAGUACCUGGUUAGAAAGCUUGGUCUCUCCAACGAGGCUGAGAUUGAUAUAUCAUGCAUGGGGCAGAGCUUGUUGCAUACACAAACCUUGAAGCAAGUAAGAGAUGCUGUUUGGCUGCCUAGAUUGUUAGAAUCUGUAGAUUCCACUAUGUCGUUUGAAGACUCCUAUGAUGGGUCUACACAACAUUUGAUGUCUUUACAUUAUAGCAGACCAUGCGAAUUGGACUGAUAUUUCUUCGUUUAUUCCUUUGUUUAAUUUGGCAGUAAGUUGUGCAUAUAUUUGUGUAUGCUUUUUAUUCAGCAAUGUAUGUUUUGGAUUCAGUCAAAUUGCUCUCUCUUUAAGUCCAUAUUAUUUUGACCUCAGCAAUGUAUGCCGGCAUAUAGGCACCCUGUAG